AAUCAUGGACAAGCGAGUUAUAUUUGUUUUGACCAUUUUCGCAGUGCUUUUCGAACUGCAGGCGCUAAUAUGUCCACCGCAGUUUACGCCUGUUGCCGGAAAGUGCAUCUUUGUCUCGAGAAAUAAGGUAAAUUGGUACGCGGCAGAUCGGAAAUGCCGGAAGCUUGGAGGCAGUCUGAUGGUAUUCGAUUCUGAGUACGAACAGAUCACAAUCACAGCUCAUCUGUUGACAAUAGGAGUGCCUUUCACUGGGAGAUGGCAAGACUGCAUUUGGAAAUCUUCUGGCGUUCCGAAAGUCAUCAUUAUCAUCGAGGAUGCUGGCACAGAUUGGAGUAUGGGUAUGGGUAUGGGGAUGUGGAUGGUGGAGCUGUAG